AUGUCGACCCGGACGCCCGCCGCCGGAACCUCCUUCGUCGGCGAUGCUAAGCGGCCUCUCCGGCCAGCUUCGGUCGUUCCGUCCGGCUCGACUACUCCCUUUACUCCUGUCUCCGCUCCCAACCCUGGAGGCUCCCUCAGGUUCUACGGAGCUCCUACUACCGUGUUGCACUCGGGCGGCCCACCCGCUCCAUCGUCACGCUCGCCUGCCGCUGGAUGGACUAGCGAUUUUAGCCGCUUUCCGUCCACGCAGCCGGGUGGGACGAAUCCGACUACUAUCCCAAGGUCUUCUACAGGCAACCUACCCAAAGGAACAGAGGUCGACAGAUCCACCGUAACGUCCUACGCGGUCCCUCCUAUUUCGCCCCGUAAGGAUGGUAGCUCCAACACGGUACUACCAGACGUUUGGACCUUUCGCAAGGCGGUUCCAUCCCCCAAGCCGUCGGACGUACAAAUGCCUGUGCCUGGACGUCCCCCGCCCUCCUUUCUUGACGGGUUAGGCCCGCAAGCUUCCUCUACGCCCGGACGUCCCUCCGCGACCCGAUCGGAGAGCGUGGCUUCGACCAACUCCUCCUCGUCGGAGAUCCGACAAGCCGCGAAGAGCGCUGUCGACAAAGUUCAUCUGCGUGACCUCCUCGAUAAGGACGGUAAAUUCAAAGCUCAUCUCCGCAGGCCGGAUGAAGCUCAGCGAGUGUACCUCGAACUCAACACUCCGGACCCGCAAGGUCGAUAUCGCCUGCUCUUCGACGAAUGCAACACCCUAGUCUGCGAGGACGUAGAUCCGGACGAUAUCAUUGACUCGAAGAACCUGGACGAAAAGGAUGGUCGGUUCUAUCUCGCUGGGAAGCAACGCGACCGCAUUGAAUACGUCACCGAAGGAAUGGAAACCUUGGUGGCGGCGAUGCUUCGUUUGGAAUGCGAGAACCGAUUCUGGAAGGUUGACCACGCCGAGUCCCUCACGAAGACUCUAUCGGGAGCGUCCUCUAAAGGAAUGGUUUCGGACGCCUACCGCACCGUCCAGUACCGAGUGGCUAAAGCAUCGACGCUCAUCCAUCAACGUCUCGCAUUACACGGCGGCUACACGUAUCCUAAGUCCAUUCAAUCUACCGCUUCCGACUUCAGCUAUGACCUAGCGACCUCCGCCACGAAGAGAGCCAUGGUCGACAAGUGGCUGAAGCAACCGGACAUUUUCCAUAACCUCACUCCGGAUUACCAAGCUGUGGUGCAGCGCCGCUUAAGUGACUCACGGGAGGUCGAAGAUCCCGCCUCCCUCGCGCAAGUCCCCCCGGAGCUACAGUUCAAGAUCCCUCCCAGCUUGCUCCUCACCAGCUCAGUAAUCCUCAACGCUUCCAUGACUCAGGACUACGAUGCCACGGGAGCUCCCUCUCUCGCUUCGCCGGACCGAGUCAAACAGGAAUUGACACACGGAGUUUCCCUGUCCCCCGCCGAGCCGUCUGUUUCUUCCAAAAAGAUCAGACGAGUUCGAUUACCUCCUCCUACGGUCGACACUCGCCCUCGUUACACGCAAAGGUCGAGCUACGGGAAUCCUGAUUUCGAACUACAGCCUCAAAGCGAGACGACCCGGCGAGUCCAAUUUAAGGAACCACCAUCUGUCAGCCAAGCCGGGCGCCCCGAUCUGAGCUCGUCCUUCGCCUUUCCGACCCAACAAUCCGCGAUCCCUAUCACUAAGGAAGAACGACGAUCCUCCGGUCCCCACCCGCGCGGGCAUUCACGUGCUCUACCCAAUUCAUCCGCCACGCAAGCGGUGCACGUCGCGGUGUAUCCAACGGGAGCACCGUAUUCCAUGGCCCAACCACCACGAGUUAUACCUCCAGCAUCCGCGAAUGCCGACCACUAUCAAGAUUUCAGGGAUCCCCCUCCCCACCUACCUCAAGCAAACAACAUUCCUCAGUCCUUUAAAGGACCGAAUGGCGACCAUUACUACGUCUACCAACCUAACUUGCUGGGGAGAGGGCCAUGGCUGGCAGUACAAUCCCAUUUAUUUAGACACAUUGAGGUGUGA